AUGCACAGGCUUGUGGAGAGGGCCGAUUCAACAACAACCAUCAGCCCAGCUACUACCUACGGAAAAUGGGAAGGGUGGGGCGUUUCUUUGGCAUGGUGGGCAGCAGCCUUUGGUGACCAGGACGAUCUUGCGGAUAUCUUCUUCUCAACAGACUGGACUACUUUCAAUGGCGUAUCAAUUCCAGGUCUGGGCUUUAAUGUUGUCCGUUACAAUGCCGGAGCUUGUAGUUGGAAUACGGCUCCAGAUGGUUCUACCAUGGUCGUAUCGCCAGACAUGAUCUCGACCCGACAGAUGGACGGAUAUUGGUGUCCUCGUACUGAUCUCUCGACAGCAUCUUCAUGGGACUGGACCGUAGACGCCAAUCAACGCGCAAUGAUGACCAAAGCCCAGAGCAGGGGAGUCAACUACUUUGAGCUAUUCUCCAACUCGCCAAUGUGGUGGAUGACGACGAAUCAUAACCCUUCCGGAAACGACGAUGGAAGUAACAACAAUCUUCAAGCCUGGAACUAUGACCAGCACGCCAUCUAUCUCGCCAGUAUUGCCCUAAAAGCGAAGAGCUCUUGGGGUGUAACCUUCACCUCUGUCGAGCCGCUUAACGAGCCUUACGAUUCUUGGACAGGAGAUACUGGUACCCAAGAGGGAUGCCAUUUCGAUCGUGACACUCAGAAUGAAGUCGUCAUAUACUUGCGUAACGAGUUGAACAGUCGUGGUCUUUCGUCAAUUUUGGUCUCGGCUUCUGAUGAGAACACGUAUGAUCAAGCGACUGCAACUUGGAAUUCGUUCAACAGUACCGGGCAAGCGAGCGUGGGGCGGGUGAAUACGCACGGCUACCAGUACGGAGGCGGCGAUAGGGUUGCGCUCUAUGAUGCCGUCACAGCGUCAGGAUUGAGUGUCUGGAAUUCCGAAUACGGUGAAGAUGAUGCAACCGGGGAGCAGCUUGUCAGUAACCUCAUUCUGGAUCUCAUAUGGCUGCAUAAUACGGCUUGGGUGUAUUGGCAAGCUUUGGAUGGAGGUGGAUGGGGAUUGAUUGAUGCGGAUGUUGAAACUGGAACCAUUGGCGAUGUCAGCCAGAAGUACUAUGUCUUGGCUCUGUUCACCAGACAUAUCAGAGAAGGGAUGUACAUCUUGCAGGGCGGUAGCGACUACACUGUCGCAGCGUACGACUCGAGUGCUGAGAAAUUGAUCAUUGUUGCGGUCAACUGGGGCUCUGCUCAGUAUAUCAACUUCGACCUUUCGGAGUUCAGUCAAGGAGGCGUUGAUGGUGCAUUGGUGAAAAGAUGGAGCACUCAGAUUGGAAGCGGUGAUCAGUAUGCCAACUUCACUGAUACUUACUUGAGUGGGACCAAGUUUUGGUCAUACUUUGAUGAGGAUACAGUGAUGACUUUCGAAGUGGAUAAUGUUGUUAUUUAA